AGGGACGGAUGCUCAUUCAGGACAUCCCUUCCAUCCCCAGCAGAGGGCACUUGGAGAGCACGUCUGAUUUGGUUGUGGACUCCACCUACUACAGCAGUUUUUACCAGCCGUCCCUGUAUCCUUACUACAACAACCUGUACAACUACUCCCAGUACCAAAUGGCAGUGGCCAGUGAGCCUUCCUCAAGUGAGACGGGGGGUACAAUUGUAGGGUCAGCCAUGAAAAAAACCCGUCGAAGCCUCCCAGCAACAUACAUGCCAAACCAGUCAGGAAAACAGUGGCAGGUGAAGGUGAUGGAGAGUCGCCAUGCCGCCAGCUCCCAGUACCGCAUGUGCUCCUACUAUGCACCCGCCUCCUACCUGGGACAGGGGGUUGGCGCUCCCACGUGCCUCCCCCAAAUCCUGACCUCUGAAGACAUCCCCUCCUACUCAGAGCCAAAAGCAAGAG